AUGUUAAGAUCAUAAGAAAUGUCUUUGUUUCAACUUAUUAUGCCUAGGGAAAGUGCUUGGGCUGUAAUGGAUCAAUUGGGAUACAUGGGAAAAGUAGAAAUCAUUGAUCAUGAUCCCUCUAUUCCACUUAUUGCGAGACCAUUUGCAAAUUACAUAAAAAGGUAAAAAAUUAAUCCUUAUCAAGAUGUGAUGAUUUACUAAACAAAUUGAAUUUGUUAAUAGAAACAGCAUAAAAAUUAACAAUCGUCAAACAGUUUCAAAUCUCUAACAAAACAAAUAAUAAGAUGUGUCCCAAAAUUCAUACACAUUAAUAUUUAGAUACAUUAGAAGAUUAAAUCAAUGCUAAAGUCAAUUCAUUCUUAGAGCUUAAUAGAAAUCAUGAAUAAUUACUUGAAUAAUAAGGCAUAAUACUUGAUUAAUUGGAUAUUUUAUAAGAAUGCAGAAUAUACUUAGGAGAUGACUUUUUUGUUUCUAGAGAUUCUAAAUUUGAUUAUUUUAUAGGUACAAUGAAAUAAGAAGAAAUAUAUUAGUAAUUUAUUGUAUUAUUUUCUAGAUUUUAAAGAAUGAUAUUCAGAGUAACCAAAGGAAAUGCAUAUGUUCACAUCAAAUUAUAAAAUUAAAAAGCAAUAUAUAUUGUAAUGUAUCCAGAUCAAGGAGUCAUCUUAAAGAAGAAAUUAUAAAAGGUUUAAGAAUCCAUGUCUCUCAAUAGAUUCACAUUACCAAUUAAUCUUAAGGAAUUUGAUAAAAUUUAAAAUGAUUUAACUGUCAAACUCAAAGAAAUUAAAUAAGUAUUUAUUGCUGUCUUAUCAAGCUUAUAGAAUUAACUAAUAUACAAUUAAAUUCAUUUAUUCAAGAAUUACUUAAAUAAACAGAAGGAAUAAGACUAAUAGAUCAUUAUAAUAUGUAUAUAUCCAAGGAGAAAUAACUUUAUAUUCAAUUAAAUAAAUUGAAAAUGUAAGGCAAUCUAUUUUUGGGGGAAUUGUGGAUUCCUAAAAAGGAUAGUGCUUAAUUAAAUGAAGUUCUUUUAAUUGUUAAAGAAAGAAAUAGAGAUAUUCCAGGUUGUUAAAUUUCAUAAAAAGUACCUCAAACAAUUCCACCAACUUAUUUUUUAUUAAAUGAAUUCACUUCAGUAUUCUAAUAAAUAGUAAAUACAUAUGGAAUUGCUAGAUAUAGAGAAAUUAAUCCUGCUAUUUUUACUAUUAUAACCUUUCCUUUUUUAUUUGGAAUUAUGUUUGGUGAUAUUGGACAUGGUUUUUGUUUACUAAUUUUUGGAAUUUAUAAUAUCUUUUAUAAACUUGAACCCUUUUAUGAAUUGAGAUACUUGAUUGUAUUAAUGGGAUUUUUCAGUUUUUAUUGUGGUUGGAUCUACAAUGAUUUUGUAAGUUUAUCCUUAAAUCUUUUUGGAUCAUGUUAUGUUGUUGAUGGAUAAUUGACUCCAAUUAAACCAUAGGAUUGCACUUAUCCAUUUGGAUUAGAUCCAAUUUGGGGGGAUAAUUUAGAAUUUGAUGAUUCUUUUAAAAUGAAAUUAAGCGUUAUUAUUGCUUAUUUUCAUAUGUGUUUAGGUAUUUGUUUAUCAGGAUGUAAUUUCUUAAAUAAAAAGGAUACUUAUGGAUUUUGUUGUAAAUUCUUGCCUCAGAUUCUUUUUCUUACUUCUACAAUUGGUUAUAUGGAUUUUUUGAUAAUAUUUAAAUGGGUAGUAUAAUUUAGUCCAUAAAAUGCUCCAAGUAUUAUAAAUACAAUGAUUACAAUGGUUUUAUCAUUUGGAUCAGUGGAGGGUCCACCAAUGUGGAAUGUUAAUUCUUAAGAAUUGAUAUAAUCAAUAUUAAUUAUUAUAGCAGUUGUAAGUAUUCCUUGGAUGUGGUUUUCACAUAUAAUCAAGGGUUAUCAAGUAUAUUAGAGAAGGAGCAAUGUAAAAAUAUAAAAUAGUACAUCAUCUAUAGAAGGAUCUUAAGUGAUUGAAUUACAACUAUAAUCUAUAUAAGAUGAAACUCAAUAAGAGAAAUCAUUAUUAUCAACACAUGAUCAUAAUGAUUUAAGUCCAGAUGAAGAAUUUACAGAAUUAGUAGUCCAUGAAACAAUAGAAACAAUAGAAUUUGUUUUGGGUGUGAUAUCUAAUACAGCUAGUUAUUUGAGAUUAUGGGCAUUAAGUUUAGCACAUUCUUAAUUGGCAGAUGUUUUUUAUUCAUUGAUAUUGUCAAGUCCAAUGACUGAAGGAAGUAUAAUAGGGGUAGAAUUAUUAUAAUAAAUAAAGGCAUUAUUAAGAUAUCCAAUUUGGGCUUUAGUGAGUUUUGGUGUAUUAAUGUGUAUGGAUACGAUGGAAUGUUUUUUACAUUCUUUAAGAUUACAUUGGUAUUAUAUAAUAUCUAUAAAAAAAGGGUGGAAUUUUAAAAUAAGUUUUAUAAGGGAGAUGGAGUAGAAUUUCAUGUGUACUCAUUAUGA